AUGAGUAAAACUUUGGCAGCCCCAAGGGACGUGGACGUGGUAAUCUCAAUCUUCAACACACUCAGUAGGCCAUUUGCAUGCCUAUGCAAGGGCGUAGCGCAUCUGAGAAGUGUAAGAGCGAGCAUCCAGCCACUGCACGAAAAAAUAGACGCAGCCGUAUUGCAGAGCUUUGAAGGCUCAAGGGAGCACAAAAAGACAAAGGUCUUUGUGCUUGGGCAUCUGGCAAAGGAAAUGCGCGCAUACUUUCUGGGCCUCCCUGCAGGAAGAACUCGCAAAGGAGAGAAACAGUACCGCUUCAUACACGAGGUCCUCAGGAAUAAGGCGCAUGCUUUAAUUGGAGAUUUAAAUGGAGAUUUUUUCGAAAAUCUUAUGAAUAAUGUAUUUGGCGUAGAAAAGAAAACAACUGGAAAUAAUACAGAUGUGCAGAUAGGAAGAAAAUCAGCACAAUCUAUCACGCACUGGCCAAUGAGACUAUUCAGAAACACAGGAGACAUAAGCACUUCCAUCCAGGACAUGGAGUACUAUGAUAUUCUGAAGGAGUUUCACUAUGCGGUGUACCAAAGCAAGAACAGCAUUCUUACAGGACAGAACACAGAUGUCUGGGCACUUAUUCGGGAGUUGUACACCCGAACCAUUGGCCGCACAGGAACUACCCCUUCCUCUAUUGACGAAGUUUUAUUUGUGCUUCUAAUAGACAAAGCCUGCAGAGACUACUCGCCGCCUCUGCUGAUUGGCGGGGGAGUGGUGGGAAGCCUUAGAAUACGCAGAAAAAUCUACUUUGAGAAUGCAGUGCGCAUGGUAUGCACUGACCUAAGAAACUAUCCUAUUCGAAAAAUACUUAAGUCUGGGAAGAUAUAUAUGUAUGCUCCUCUAAUCCAGGGAGUAAUGAAUGUGCUGACAGAGCUAGGGACAUGCAAGAAGGACCUGUCUGCCUUCCAUGAGCUCCUGGACAUGGAGAUCCAGGAAACCAGCAGCCUGCCAGAAAUGGAGAGAGAGAAGGCAGAAGAAAUUCUAAAGGAGACAUGCAGAAUUUCAGAAGAAAUUCGCACAGAAAGUGCACUGCCAAAGAGCGAAGAAAGAGACAGAAACAUUGCCAGCCUAGAGGCCCAGAUGAUCACGCAGAUAAUUCUGGGCAGCGAGGCAGUCAAAGGGCACAGAUGCACACAGCAGCAGGAAGCACAAAUUGACAAGCUUGUAGAAGAGUGCACAGCAACUUGGGAGAAAAUUAUUCCUGCAAUAGAAAGCACUAGUACGCCCGCCCCAUCAGCCCUAUACUUUGCAGCACCCAGAGACACUGUGCACAAAGACGGACUUACAGCAGAGUGCACCUACACCAGCUCCAUAUACCAUGAAGAGCUUCAUUUAAGCACUUUCCACGGUGCACGAGCUGCUUCUCGCAUAGCCCCCCAUAAUGCAAGAAGCAACAGCACGUGCAGAAAUCCCCCAAGCAUAAAUGAGGGAGCUGAGGAAGAAAAAGUCAACAAGAUUGAUAUUUCUAACAGCAAAGAUAGUGCUAAUCCUGCAUCAAAAAUUGCUUCAGUGGAAAUUACUGCAGACACUCCUCUGAAAUCAAGCCCAUCCCUCAUUCGUGCUGGCGGCAGUGAGACUAGUGCAAAGAAGAAAGAGCUAGGGGGCUCGCCUGCCUCAAGUGCAACACUCACCGUGAGCGUAGGACAAGUCCCAAAGGAAAGUCCCUGCUCUGACUCCAGAUGCCACGUACACACCGUAGAGAAAGAAGACAUGCACUUGCAAAGGCUUUCUGCCCCUCUGGAUAUCCAGGAGGAGUCUCAGAAGAGACAGCAGCGCAUGGAAGAACUUCGGCAGUAUUUUGGCGGUCUGAAGUACGCAAGCUUCUACACCCGGAAUGUACCCGACCAUUUGAAAAACCUUUUCAAGAACACACCGCACAUCUACAACAAAGUAAAGAAGCUCUACGACAGGGAGUUUACGGAUGUACUCGCAAAGGAAGAGAUCCGUGUGUGCAGGCGCAGUAUGUUUAGGGAUGCAUACUCUGAAAUGAUGAAUGCCCGGGAGUCAAGCGAGAUACUCAUGCAUGUGAAGGAUGAUGUAAUUGUAACGAAGUAUAUGGACACAUUAAAGGAGCAAACAAUUGAAAAACUAAUCGCAACUGAGAAAGCCAAGAAAAGAGAGGCAAUACUGCAGUCUCGCCAGGUGCCAAAGCUAAAGGGAAUCAAGAAGCUUCUCAGAAAAAUAUCAAAGACAUUUGAAGAGUUUUUCUACGCGCCCGUGCCUCUGCUUUCAGUUGAAGAAGAGCUGUCUGAGUGGGAAGAUGCCCGGAGGAAGGAAAUGCAGGACGAGGUUGUAUUCACAAAGAACUCGUCGCAAAGGGUUUCACACGGAUUCCUGAACGUGUCAAAGGCCCUUGUUGAUUUGAUGCAGUACACCCCAGGAUACGUAUACAGAAAGCAGCCAGAGACAGUUGAUGUAAAAGAGAAAUAUGCUGCAUGGAUUGACAGGGAAGAGCCCAUUGACUAUGAGGCUGUGAAGAGCAACCCAGAUGAGCUCAGAGCACUCUCCAUGGUAUUCAACCGGUACAUCAGAAACUACAACGGAGGAAUUAUCUCCAAGUACCUUUACGUUGCAGUUGCUGAGAGAGCAAACAAAGUUCCUGCAGAGAAGAUUGACUAUGGCCUAGGUCUUCUUAUGCUUCCUACAAUGGGAUCUAAUGUUCUUUGGCUCCUAAAGCACGCGGUGUACACAAUUGAGCAGGCUGCAAAACACAGCGAGAAAAAUGCAGUCUCCUACCAAGGCAUAGUGAACAUAGUAGCCCCAAACCUUCUGGCUGACGAUGUGCCUUAUACCAUGGAAACAUUUGUGAUUGCCUUAGAGAUUGCGCAUUCUCUCUUUGCAGCCGUCCGGAAUAUCUCAUUUUUAGAACAGUUCUUUGCAUAG